AUGCUCCGUACCGCACUACGUAACGCAGCUCCCCUUGCCUACCGUACAUCCCCACUCCGCACCGCCAUCCUCUCAAAGCGGGCGUACUCCGCACACGCAGAGGAAGAAUCCUUCGAGUCCUUCUCCCAGAGGUACGAAAAGUUCUUUGCCGGCGUGGAAGAUCUCUUUGAACUCCAGCGCGGUCUCAACAACUGCUUCGCCUAUGAUCUCGUACCCUCACCCGGUGUGAUUGAGCAGGCAUUGCGCGCAUCCAGGCGAGUCAAUGACUUUGCUACCUCUGUCCGCAUCUUCGAGGGCAUCAAGCAAAAGGUUGAAAACAAGGGACAGUACGCACAGUACCUAGAAGAACUCAAGCCACUCCGUGAGGAGCUCGGCAUCUCCCUCAAGGAGGAUCUCAUCAAGUAA